ACAGCAUAAAAGGAGCUUAGACCCACUGCUCUGCACUCACUUCUCUCCAGCCAGAGCAGUAAGACAUCAGCAGACUCCAUCAUCAUGUCCUUCUCCAGCAGCAGCUUCAGAUCCUCCUCAAGCAGAUCCAUGAAGGGCUCCUCUAUGGGUUCCUCGCGUAUGUCCAUGUCUGGUGGUGGUGGUGGCAUGUCCAUGUCCAUGUCUGGUGGAGGCAGCCGCAUCAGUGGCAUUAGGGCCGGCAGCGUGUAUGGGGGUGCAGGUGGCUCUGGGGUGCGCAUCUCCAGUGCCAUAGCCUCCAGGUCCUUCUCUGCUGGUGGUGGCAGUUUCGGUGGUGGUGCUGGUUUCGGUGGAGGCUCCAGCUUCAGUAUGUCUGGUGGAGGAAGUGACAGCCAUGUCAUCGGCAACGAGAAGUUCUGCAUGCAGAACCUGAACGACCGUCUGGCCACCUACCUGGCGAAAGUUCACACCUUGGAGAAGGCCAACGCUGAGCUGGAGCUGAAGAUCCGCCAGUUCCUCGGGGCCAAGGCCUCCCCCAGUGCUCGCGACUAUGGUUCAUCCCAUGUCAUCAUCAGAGACCUCCAAUCCAAGAUGCAGGAAGCCAUCCGUGUGAAUGGUGCUGUCCAUCUAAGCAUUGACAAUGCCAGGCUUGCCACUGAAGACUUCAGAAUGAAGUAUGAGACCGAGCUGUCCAUGCGUCAGUCAGUGGAAGCAGACAUCGCUGGGCUGAGGUGUGUUCUGGAAGAGCUGAAUAUGUCCAAGAAGGACCUGAGCAUGCAGAUUGAGGGGCUGAGAGAGGAGUUGGUCUACCUCAAGAGAAACCACGAGGAGGAGCUGUUGUCCAUGCGUGCCCAGAUGAGCGGCCAGGUCCAUGUGGAGGUUGACGCUGCACCACAGGAAGACCUCAGCAAAGUCAUGGCUGAGAUUCGCGAACACUACGAGGCUGUCGCUGCCAAGAACAACAGAGAACUGGAGGGCUGGUUCCACGCCAAGACCGAGGCGCUGAAUAAGGAGGUCGCAAUCAGCACAGAAGUUAUCCAAACGUCCAGAUCUGAAAUCUCAGAAGUCAAACGCACACUGCAGAGUCUUGAAAUCGAACUGCAAUCACAAAUAAGCAUGAAAUCAUCCAUGGAAAAUACCCUGGCAGAGACAAAGAACCGUUUCUCCAUGCAGCUGUCGGGUUAUCAGAUGCAGGUGACUAGCUUGGAGGAACAGUUGGUAAAUCUCAGGGCUGACUUGCAACGCCAGGGCCAGGAAUACAAGAUGUUGCUGGACAUCAAGACCAGGCUGGAGAUGGAAAUCGCUGAGUACAGGAGACUGCUGGACGGAGAGGCCAGAAGUGUCUCCUCCUCCUCCUCCUCCUCUACCAGCACCAGGAAGGUCAUCACAGUGGUAGAAGAGGUGGUGGAUGGGAAAGUGGUCUCCUCCACCCAAUCCUCAGCUUCUUCCUAUGCACGCCGCUGAUGCAGUACAUGAGUGUACUGAGGGAAAUACAACAACUGAUUAUCUGACUCACUAAACAUCCAGUGCAUAUCUGGAAGGCAACAGCAAUAAAAUAAUACAUCUGAAA